GCACUGGUGGGCAGCACUGGUGGGUGGGCACAGGUGGGUGGCACUGGUGGGCACAGGUGGGUGGGCACAGGUGGGUGGCACUGCUGGGCACAGGUAGGUGGCACUUCUGGGCACAGGUGUGUGACACUGCAGAGUGGCACAGGUGGGUGCACUGCUGGGCACAGGUGGGUGCACUGCUGGGCAGAGGUGGGUGAUCUGCUGGGCACAGGUGGGCGGAGCUAGUGGGCGCACUGCUGGGCACAGGUGGGCGGAACUUGCGGGUGGCACUGCUGGGCACCGAUCAUCAGGGCACUGAUCAUCAGUGCCCUGAUGAUCGCGUGUCAUUGGACACCGCUGAUCACGUGGUA